AUGUCGAAUACUUUCUUUCUCUCUUUCUUUCUUUCUUUCUUUCUUUCUACGUAUGUAUGCAUGUAUUUAUCUAUCUAUCUAUCCGCUGAUUUAAGUCUAACACUUUCUUUUCCCCCUUCCUUCAUUCAUUCAUUUUCUUUCUUUCUUUCUUUCUUUCUUUCUUUCUUUCUUUCUUUCUUUCUUUCUUUCUUUCUUUCUUUCGAACACUCCCAUCUAUCUAUCUAUCUAUCUAUCUAUCUAUCUAUCUAUCUAUCUAUCUAUCUAUCUGCUGAUUUAAGUCUAACACUUUCUUUCCCUCUUUCCUUCCUUCCUUCCUUCCUUCCUUCCUUCCUUCCUUCCUUCCUUCCUUCCUUCAUUCAUUCAUUCAUUCAUUCUUUCUUUCUUUCUUUUGACCACAUCUAUCUAUCUAUCUAUCUAUCUAUCUAUCUAUCUAUCUAUCUAUCUAUCUAUCUAUCUAUCUUUAUAGACUUAUAUAUUACACUCGUUCCCACUUCCAGUUCGUACGCCAGAACAUGUAUUUGUCAGUUAUUGAUUAAUUUAUGA